GAAAGGUUUUCUCUCAACUUUCUUCCCUUUCUUCCUUUCUCAAUCUCAUCACUUUCUUCUCUGAUCAAUCUCAUCACUUUCUCAUCACUUUCUUCCUUUCUCAAGCUUCUUCCGUUACCGCAUCGCGCUCGUGCCUCACGUGGAACACUCACCCUCCUCACCAUCGGCACGUUAUCGGCUCGGGAUGUCCGUUGUUGAGCGAUUUCGGUUGCAAUAUCCCGGCACCGGAGGCUCAUCCAGCAAGUCAGUUUUUAGCGAAAUGGUUCGAGGCACGUGGGGGGUCGCUCGGGAAUGGGCUUAGGCUGUGUUCGCACGUGGGGUGUGGACAUCAAUACAGUAUUGUUGAUGACGAUGAUCAGCUGGCCGCCUCCUCCUCCUCUGUGUUGCAGAGGACAGUGAAGAGCCUUCACUUCGGCGACGGAGAUGAGAAAGAGAGAGUCGCGAAGGAAAUUGAGAGGUUGAUUAAAAAAGAGAGCGGUAACUCGAAGGUUAGAAAGCUAAUUGUGGAUCUUGGAGUUAUUCCUGCUUUGGUCGCCAUGGCGGACUCCGAUCACUUCGCGGUGAAGGCCUUGAUUCAACUUGCUAAUCAUACUUUCUUGUCGGAUGUUCUGGGUCAAUUCAUGCCCUUUGUUGGAAUGGAUUGGUCACAAACAGGUGUCACAAAUUUAUUUUCUGCUAUUAAGGAAAAUGGGUACCAAUUGCUUUUUCUCAGUGCACGAUCAAUUUCUCAGGCGUAUCACACCCGCCAAUUUCUUUUCAACCUUAAGCAAGAUGGGAAGGCUUUACCAGAGGGGUCUGUGGUUAAUGGAAGUGCUGUAGUUGCGAUGGUGGGGAAGAAUUGCUUUGCCAUUGCCAGUGAUCGUAGACUUGGUGUUCAGUUGCAGACUAUUGCCACAGAUUUCCAGAAAAUUUACAGGAUUCAUGAUAAGCUAUUUCUUGGCCUUUCGGGGCUUGGUACCGAUGCUCAGACACUGUAUCAACGGCUUGUUUAUCAGCACAAACUGUACCAACUUCGUGAAGAGAGGGACAUGAAGCCUGAGACUUUUGCUAGCCUUGUCUCAGCUCGUCUUUAUGAGAAAAGGUUGGACAACUACUUAGUUAUUACUUUCCUCUUUUUCAUCACCCAUAUUCUCUAUUUCUCGUUAUCAAUGAAAAAAUAUGGAUGGGAUUUCUAUAGGAUUUCCGCGGCUUCCUUUGUGUGUCUAUUGAUUCUUCUACCAAUGUAAUUCUUGUCCGUUGGU